GGGUGAUAUGAUAUAAAUAGUUUACUUUCCACUUUAAUUAAAACUCAAUAAUUAAAUUGUUAAAGGAGAUGAGUAUAUUUGAUUAAAAUCUUAUAUUCAUAAAUAUUUCAUCAUUUAUUUGUCAAGAUUCUUCAUUGGAAAUCUAGUAAUUUAACACAAACUAUGUUCAAUUACGUUUGUUUGUUCCUUUCAUAUUCAUUAUUGUGGAGUAUUCAAUGUGAACAUCAAGAAUUCAGUUCUUUUACUAAUACUACUAAAUCAACAAGUGUUGCUGAUAACAGAUCAAUUCAAAUUAAAGGAAUUCUUCCAGGUGUUGGUUUGUUUAUUGGAAUUUUAUUUAUUCUUAUAUUACUUAUAAAGUGUUGUAAGCCUGAUAAAUUAAAUAAUAAUAUGAGUCGAAAUAAAAUAUUAUUUUCACAUCAUGAUGAAACUAAAAUUUGGUCGACAAAUUUAGAAAAUGAAACUACUCAAGAGUACGAUGAUUUACAAAAUGACAAUGAUGAAUAUAAUUGUAAUGAGAAUACCAUUACAAAUAGUUCUGCGUAUAUAAUGCAGUCAAUUGACGAUGAUACGUCAUCAUUGGACUUGGAAACACAAGAGAUGGAUAAAAACAAGUGGUGUACUAUGUCAAACAAUGUUACAUCAUUCACAAUGGAGAAAAAGCAGACAUAGAACCAGUGUUUAUACAUAAAUCAUUUCAAAUCUAAUACAUUCUCAAUAACUGGCAAACAUAAAUCAACCGUAACGAAACAAGACAGUGAUAGAAAUGAAAAAUGAUUAGAUCAAACGACUUAACUGGUUAUAUAUUUCAUUUGUUUAUACAUUCAUUGACACUAAUAUAUUUAUAUAUACGAAUUUCAAUAAUUUCUCAAGUUUAAUCGGAUUAUUCAAAAUAUAACGUCCGGUAACAAAAAUUGAUAGCUAUGAGAUAUUUCUUCAGAGAAGUCAUGAACAUUAUAAUCACUACCUAGUAAUAUUAUGUUUUUUUAAAAAUGAACUCAAAUGGUAUUGAUUAAUACACAUAUAU